AUGUCGUAUUUGCACUGUGUCGAGGUUUUCGUCAAGGUCAGAGUGGAUAGUUCAGCCUGGCUUCUGCUAAUCUACUCUGGUCCAGGCCGUUCCCUGAAUUCCUGUCAAUUCGCUUUUCACAAUAUGUGCCAAGAGCAGCAGCAGCAGCAGCAACAGCAUCAACAGCAGCAGCAACAACAACAACAACAACAACAGCAACAGCAACAGCAACGACAGCAACAGCAACGACAGCAACAGCAACGACAGCAACAACAGCCACAGAUGUCUGUCCCUGUCAAUCAGGGCCUGGUGCCGUUUCCACCGCCCCGUCAUGAGUUAUCUGCACCACCAGCAGUUCAACCCGAGGGCACUGCCAGCACGGCCUCUUACAGCAGCGAGAGCAGCGCUUCUGCGCUCCUCUCUCCGAGUUUGGAAAGUAUUACGACCAAAGGCGAGCCGCCCCGGAAACGAGGCCGGCCAAGCAAAGCCGAAGCGGAGCGACGCAAGGCGGCUGCCGAGGCUCGAGGCGAAGCAUACCCUCCUCCCCGAAGGUCGGGGUCUCAUAGGCUGAAAGCUCCUUCAACACCAGCCAGCCCGCCAGGAGUUAUGUCUUCAAGCACUUCUUUUACACCUCAGCCGGGUCUCCGGCCCGUGGAAGUCCAGAAUCCGGAGCUGCGCUAUGCACCGCCGCCUGGGAGGCCAGUUACGCUCAUGGCACCCAUCGACGAUGGACGAGCAAGAGGGGUACCGACGCGUGACCCCGGACCGAUACUAAGAGAGCUUCCAAGACCGACCGACCCACGGCAGUCUCUACCUUCACCCCAAGCGUUACAAAUGAGCCACGCAGAGCCGGUGGCGCGAAUGGAUCCUGGGGAGCGACCAUUUGAGCCUCGUCCCUCAGAAAGGUUCUCCUUUGGAGACAGCAGUCGACGUAUCCUGACCGAUCCUGCAAGCAGACGGCCAGAAGCGCCCGCAUUGUCUACUCCCGAAGUACCUGCUGCCACUUCAGCCGAAAGAAGACCCGAGUGA